AUGGCGGGGGAACAAGGAAAUCGUACCAGUUGUUCUGAAGAUGAAAUACAGUCGAUGGUUCGUGGUAUUUUUGGGCAACUGUUUGAAGGAAGGCAAUUGACUCAAUCAAUGCAGCAUGGAACAAUUAGCAGUGGAAUAAAUCAGGCAUUUCAUUUACCGAGAAAUAUAAACACGUCUAACACGAGUACGACAAUUGCAGUUGAGGGAGAACCUGGCCCUGGACCAUCGCAGCCUGUCAGUUUACCUCAGCAAUCGUUGACUUUGUCUGUGCCGUCCAUUCAAUUCUCAACUACGGUAAUGUUAAUAUGGGUCGUGGAUCUGGCCCAAUUCGACCGUGCCGAAGUGGAACUUGGCGUCGCUCAAACAUGCAAGGUAAUGGUUGUUCCUCUCAACCAUCCUCUUCAGAUAGAAACGAGUUAUUCCUGA